CAUAGAUAGCAAAAACAAAAGCAACCAACGGUUAAGAUCUAUCUCUAUCCGUACAAUCCAACGGUUUUCACAAAACUAGGUCAGAAACAGAAACCGUAAAAAACCUAGUACACACUACACACAAUACAAAACCCAUAAACCCGACCCGUAUUUGUGUAUUUUCUUUUUCUUUUUUUGCCAAUUCCCCACUUUAACCGGAUAAUAAAAAAAAAACCCCUAAUUUGGACCCUAAACUUUGCCAUUAAUAGAACUCUGAAACACAACUUCCAAACUUUCUGUUUCGUCCGAAUCUAACCCUAAUCUAAAUAUCACAUCACAUCACACCUUACCCAUAGCGCCGCAAAUUCAUCAUGGCAGACGUCAAGAUUGAAUCUGAAUCCUCGGAUUCUCAGCCUUUGGUCGACACCAAUCAACCUGCUCCUCCACAGCCACCACAGCCGCAGCCACCGGUUGAAGAAGAGGAGAACCAACCAAAAGCAUCUCUGACGCCGACGCCACCGCCACCGCCGCCACAGUAUAUGGCUAUGAGAUAUCCACCAGCGGUUGUACUGCCUCACCAUAUGAUGUACGCGCCGCCGCCUCCACCGCCGCCGUACUCACCUUAUCAUCAAUAUCCGAAUCAGCACCACCCCCAUCUCUCUCGUGGUGGUAAUAACAAUAAGCAUCAGAACGCUUCUAACGGUGAGAACAAAACCGUUUGGGUUGGUGAUUUGUAUCAUUGGAUGGAUGAGUCUUAUCUUAAUUCUUCUUUUGGAUCCGCCGGCGAGAUUGUUUCGGUUAAGGUGAUCCGUAACAAGCACAAUGGUCAUUCAGAAGGCUAUGGAUUCGUGGAGUUUGAAUCCCAUGAUGUAGCUGAUAAGGUUUUGCAGAAGUUUAAUGGAGCGACUAUGCCAACUACUGAGCAGCCUUUCCGUUUGAACUGGGCUAGUUUUAGCACCGGUGAGAAGCGGUUGGAGAACAAUGGACCUGAUCUCUCUAUCUUCGUGGGGGAUUUGGCUCCGGAUGUGUCUGAUACUUUGCUGCACGAGACGUUCUCUGAGAAGUACCCGUCGGUUAAAGCUGCUAAAGUUGUCUUUGAUGCUACUACUAGAAGGUCGAAAGGCUACGGCUUUGUGAGGUUUGGUGAUGAUAAUGAAAGGAACAAAGCCAUGACUGAGAUGAAUGGUGUUAAGUGUUCUAGUAGAGCUAUGCGUAUCGGUCCUGCUACCCCGAGGAAGACUACUGGUUAUCAACAACAAGGUGGAUACAUGCCGAAUGGUGCCAUGGCGCGUCCUGAAGGGGAGACAUUGAACACAACAAUAUUUGUUGGAGGACUUGACUCUAGUGUCACUGACGAAGACCUAAGGCAACCUUUCUCUGAUUAUGGGGAAAUAGUCUCUGUCAAGAUUCCUGUUGGUAAAGGAUGUGGGUUUGUUCAGUUUGUUAACAGACCAAAUGCAGAGGAGGCUUUGGAGAAACUAAAUGGGACUGUAAUUGGAAAGCAAACAGUUCGGCUUUCGUGGGGACGUAGUCCAGCCAAUAAGCAGCCUAGAGAUAAGUAUGGAAACCAAUGGGUUGUACCAUACUACGGAGGACAGUAUUUCAAUGGGUAUGGAUACAUGGCACCGCAACCUCUUGACCCGAGAAUGUAUCCCGCUACACCUUACGGAGGGUAUCCAAUGUACGGUGGCCAUCAGCAACAAGUUAGCUGAGGAAACUAAAAGCUUAAUCUCUGAUCAUCUAUCUGUAGGCAAACAAAAACUCACUCAAGUUAGGUGAUGUUAGGAGGUACAAGGAGGCAAAAAUGGUUGCCUUCUUGUCUCUCUUUGAGUUUAGGGCUUUAUCUUUCUAGUGAAAAAUGAAUUUUGGUGGAAACCAUAGCAGUAAUUUAGGAGACUUGGAUUUGAUUGAUUAAUUUGAUUUGUUUCUUCGGAUGUUUUUCACUAUGGAACCUAUUGAUCAAAGAAGAAGUGAGUUGAACCGAUUGAUUAUUA